GGUUUGGUGCUGUAGCAGUCAGGAACUUGGAAGCCCAGGAUUCAGGAAUGAGCAGGAACUCAUUCCAGGAAAUCUGUCUGCAGGGAUCCGAAAUCAGCGAUGAGCAGAAAUUCCUAUUCCAGGCUGCGGAGGUAGGAAUCAGGACGAGGUAGGGAUCAAAAGAGUUUCCUCGGAUUGCGAGGAGGAGGUAGGCGAUUACGACGCAGUGGCGCAGAUCGAGCUCUGUCGGUGACCCGUCAGAAGAGAUUCCUCCGAGAUCGCAGACGAUGGCUCCUCCUAGAGUGACCCGUCACUGAUGCGCUUCGAGGAAUGAAGUUCCUGGGAGUUGCGGGUGCUCAGCGCAGCGCGAUCAGAGCAGGGGUUCGGGCUACUACUACUAGCGCAGCUUGCGUGGUUCGUACUUGAAGCUCCUUUCAGCAGUGACGCGCCCGCGCCGUGUUCAGCAGGCGAGUGAGAUCCGACGCUCGUGGUCAGACGCUCGUGGCCAGGCGCUCUCCGCUUUCGCGUCGACUCAAAAGCCGGGGGCUGAGAUCCAACGCCAGUCGCGGAAGCGAUCCUAGCGAACUUCUGAAGAUCCGGCGAUUGCCAUCCGGUUGCCGUCCGAUUGCCGUGCAAUUGCCAUCCGACGGUUGCCAUCCGACGAUCAUCAGACCGGUCGUUCACAAUGAUGAGCCGAGGGGCCCGAGGCCCUCGCCGGCCGCCGCAUUUGCCGACGGGGAAGGCAGCGGGAGGUGGCGACUGGUUCGCGUCGCUCCGCGGCCGAACGCUCAUGUCGAUCGCACUCGUCGCCGUCGUCGCCUCCACCAGGCGCACGUGGUUCCCCUCGGCGCAGCUCGCGGCUCUCCUCGUCGACAGGGGCGGGUGCGAGUUUCCCAUCCAGCUCAACGCCAGGGGCGCCCUAGAGGGCCCCUGGGUGAACCACUCAUCGCUCUCCUCGCACGACCUCCUCGACCUCGCCACUAGACGGACCGACGGGGGGGGCUCCUCCGCCUCCUCCUGGGACCGCAGGCACGCGUUCGCGUCUGACGCGGGGGGCGGGGGCGGAGUGACGGAGGCGGAGUUCUACACGCCUGUGCGGUACCAGGGGAUGGGGAAGGUGGUGGCGGCGGAGGAGGGGGAGGACGACGGCAAGGCGCCGUGGGGGCACGUCGUGGAGGGGCUGCUCACCGCGGGCACACUCAGCACGGGGAAUCGCCUCACGCUGGCGUUUGCCCGGCUUGCUGAGAGGUUCCUGGCGUCGUGGGUGCGCAUCGAUGGCAUCACCAAGGGACUGGGCAAGGCGGGCAUGGUGAAGCAGAUCAUGUUUCCAGCCAUGGCCGUCAACCCCAAGAUGCAGCCGUGCCUGGCGCAGGUGCGCAUAGUGCAGGGCCGGGUGUACUUUCGCUACGGCUACUUCCUGGAAGAUGCGAGGAAGCUCAAGCGCGUCAACCUGGCAGUGAAGAUGAUUCUCCAAGCCAUCACUGCAUACGACCUCAGAUCGCUGCGAGCGGAGCUGUUCAUCAAUGCGUGCGACAAGCCCGUCAGCUUCGACAACUCCCUCUCCUCAGGCUGCUCCGGCUUCCCGGUGUUCAGCACACAGUGGACCCCCGGCUCCACUGACAUUCUCUUCCCCGACCCCCUCGACCUCGACUUCUCGCCGCCUGCCCAUGCUGAGCACGUCCCCUGGCCCAAGAAGGAAGGCAAGGCGGUGUGGCGGGGCAGCGGCUUCGAGUUCCAAUUGAAGCCCUACAACUGGGCCUCCAGCUUCCGCCUUCGCCUGCACCGAACCUCCGACUCGCGCCCGGACCUGCUGGACGCCCGGCUGGCCAGCUUCGGCAAGGACGACCUGUCCGAACCAAGAGAGAUGCUGAUCAAAAACGGCUUUGUGUUGGCAGAGGAGCUUGACGAGGGGCAGAAGGAGGAGGCAUUCAAGUACGUGGUGGUGGUGGAUGAGAGGGUGGGCUCUCGUGACAUGUGUCGCGCUCUCAGUGGCCAGCAGGCCGUUAUCCGGCACCUCUCAGGCUUCAUGCAGUACUUUGAGCCGCUCCUGCUGCCAGGGGUGCACUACAUCCCCGUCACACACAGUUUCACGGAUGUGGUGGACGCAGUGGAGUGGAUGCGGCAGCACGAUGACGCCGUGCACACCAUGGUGCUCAACGCCAACGAGCUUGCUUCGCAUGUGUGCACGUGGCACAGCCGGGUGCACUACUGGGCCGUGCUGCUCGCCAAGUACUCCGCUCGAGCCAUGGAAACCCCACAAGCCGUGGUCGCCCCUACCGUGUGUGAAGGCGGCAAGGCUUUGGAGUCCGCGGAGUGGGCGGCUGGUAAAGUAACGAAUCCAAGUUGUAAGGUCGAGGGGAAGGAUGCCAGUGAGGGUAAGUGCUUGGAUUUUUGUGUUACAGGUGUGCCUGAGGAGAAAUGGACAUGGUUGGAUGCAAAGGAUAGCCUAGCAUCUUUGGAGAUUCAUGAUCCUUUUGGGCAUCCACAUGCACCAGGAAGGGCAGUAGAAUGAUUUGUGUGCCUUGUAUUUCUGCAACCCUGUGUGGGAUUGUGGAUAGACAUCUUCAUGUACCGGUAAGAGUUAAUACUUAGUUACAUGUUUUGAAGGCAUUUCUGCACAACGGAACGUGUGGAAACCUGUCGCGCGGAUUUCGUCGCUAGGCCUCACGAUGUGGAUACUUUUCGCCGAAUGCGCAAGCACUUCGCAGCGGCUGUCGCAUCAACCCCCGGCGUGUGGCAAGCAGAAGUCGAAAUGAUGGGACUGGAGCGGAGGUCAGGUACAACGCGGUACAAUGUGGUUUUGUUGUUUCAAGGAACUUUUGAGAGGUACAGAGGGAAGCGAUCAGAUGAUGGGAGUGAAGGGUCCCUCGGACCGUACUAGCUAGCCACACCCUUCACCUGCCUCUUCCUCUCACUGAACUGAACACAACGGAGGUGUGCUGAGCUGAGCUGAUCCAGGAAUCACGGAGACCCUAGUUCCGCCAUGGAGCUGUGAGGUUCCGAGGGCUUUCUGUAGCGUAUCCGACGGCGUUCAACACUCUUUUUGGAUCGCCUAAGUCUUAGGUUUUAACUGGAGCUUGAUUUCUCAUUGCUAGCGGAUUGGCUAUCCCUCGUCAGCUCUGUCAGGGCUUCAGCCAUGUCGGGGGGUUUUUUUCGAGGGACCAGCGCGGAUCAGGACAGCCGGUUUUCCAACAAGAAUGCGAAGCUGCUAAAAUCGCAGAAGUUUGCUCCGGAGCUUGACGAGCCGGUGGAUAUGACCAAGGUAAAGAAGGAGGUGAUGCAGCCAUGGAUCGCCAAGCGAGUGACCGAGCUACUAGGCGUGGAGGAUGAAGUUCUGAUCAACUUCAUCUACAGUCUCUUGGAAGGCAAGGUAUGC